ACGAGGUGGCGGAGUGAGAGGCGACGCGAGGUGGAUCGGGCCGGGAGGCCGGUCGCGUUUGUUGUCAUCCUUAAGAUGGAGUUUCUGCUGGGGAACCCCUUCGCCACCCCGGUGGGGCAGAGCCUGGAAAAAGCCACUGAUGGCUCCCUACAGAGCGAAGACUGGACACUGAACAUGGAGAUAUGCGACAUCAUCAAUGAGACAGAAGAAGGCCCGAAGGAUGCUGUUAGAGCGCUCAAGAAGAGGCUGAAUGGAAACAGAAACUACAGAGAAGUGAUGCUCGCUCUAACAGUCCUGGAAACUUGUGUAAAGAACUGCGGCCACCGCUUCCAUAUCCUCGUAGCAAACCGAGAUUUCAUAGAUGGUGUCCUGGUUAAAAUAAUUUCACCCAAGAACAAUCCUCCCACCAUCGUUCAAGAUAAAGUCCUUGCCCUGAUUCAGGCUUGGGCUGACGCCUUUCGAAGCAGCCCCGACCUCACAGGAGUCGUGCACAUUUACGAAGAGCUGAAGAGGAAAGGCAUCGAGUUUCCCGUGGCGGAUCUGGACGCCCUGUCUCCAAUACACACCCCACAGAGAAGCAUUCCUGAAAUCGACCCGGCUGCCAACAUGCACAAGUCACCAUCUCAGCAAAAAGUGAGCUCCAGCACCUCCCCUACCUCCUUCCCGGCUCCUCAGACCCCCCCUCUGAACGUGACCGGCCCCAUCAUAGCCACCACGGAACAGAUCGCACGAUUGCGCAGUGAGUUGGACGUGGUUCGUGGCAACACCAAGGUGAUGUCGGAGAUGCUCACGGAGAUGAUCCCCGGGCAAGAGGAUUCCUCAGACCUUGAGUUGCUGCAGAUUCCUGUCCCACAGUCCUCUGUCAUGGAGGACAUUGAGGAGUGGCUGAGUACCGACGUGAAAGGGGAUGAGCUGGAAGAAGGCGUGACCAGCGAAGAAUUCGACCGGUUCCUGGAGGAGCGUGCCAAAGCAGCGGAAAGGAUCCCCGACCUGCCCUCCCCUCCUCAGGAGGAGCCCACGCUGCCCCCCGCGAACCUGCCUAGCAAAAGGAAGCCGGACCGGUCCGAGGAUGCCCUCUUCGCUCUGUAACGGUCCUUCCCGCCCCUCCCCCCCCUCUGUCCCUGCACCGAAGGAGGCGGGGGCAGCCCAGGCCAAGAGCAGCCCGGCUAGCUAGCGAUGGGCCCCAGGACAGGCUGCUCUUUCCUCUCCUCCUCUGGGGCUCAUCCCCACGUCCUUAACCUUGGGGGGGUCCCGACAGCCAUUCUACCCCUCGGAUGGGGCUGGUUUCUCACUUCACUCCCUCUCACGCCUCUGCCCCCCUCCCCCCCUCCCGGUGGAGGAUGCUGAGAUCUCCCCCCUCCCCCAUUUUUUCUUUUAAAGUAAGAGAUCUGCAUGACUACUUGCACAGACUCCGUCCCCACUCACUUUCCAGUCCUCCCCCCACCUCCCCUUGCUUAGGCACAAUAGCCACGCAUUCAAUCCUGGCUCGGCCCUAGUUAGGGCGACUCCAAAGCUCGGCCUUCCGCUCGACCUCCUGCACAAAUCAAACCUGACCUUCCAAAAGCAUCACCGCCACUGCUGCCACCUCCUCUCUUGGCUCUGCCUGGGGGGGGGGGGGGGUGGCUGUAGUUAAGCUCUUAACAGGAAGGGGGGGUGUUGGUGCGAAGGCAGCAUUGUUUAGCCAGGACACCCGUGGGGGUUCUGCAGGUUAGGAAGGAGCCCCCCCCUCUCUCUGCGGGUCCCAGAGUGAACCAGCUGCAUGUCUUCCCCCCACCCUUGACCCCCUCCCCUCUCUAAGUACGUCAGAAAUUCAGUCUCCCCCCCCCACUUUACAAAAAAACGGUAUUGAUAAGGGAAAGUCAGCCACAGAAAGGGACGAGAUUGCACUUUGCACUGGAAAUGUUAACCCUGAGUGGCUGUUAUGUCUGGAGGUAUGAAACACUCUGUGCGUGUGUGUGUGCGUGUGCGUGCGCGCGUAAAACCUUAUUUGCAUUUUAAAGCACUAAAUGGACUAUAUUAUUGCCAGGACUCAACUAACACUAACGAAAAAAGGGUGGAAAGGGGUGAGGGGGCAGCCCUGAGGGAAUGAGUGGGGGGGGAUUCUGCCCUGACUGUAUUUUAAGAAAAGGGAAAAUCUUUCAAGAGGGCCCAUUCCCGCAUGGCAGCGGCUAUCGAAAAAUCUUUCGAGAGGGUGCAAAAAUAACUGGGUUGCUAGUGAAAUUAAGCUGAAUUAGAAGGCACUGGCUCGAAGCAAGGCGCAUCCUGGCGUCCUUUCACCCAACUCUGCCUUUACCCCAGGAGAGGAAGUUACCCUUCCGUGCUCCCGGAUGGAGAAUCUGGUGGGUUUUGCCACUUGGCAGGGCCACUGCCAGCCUGGGAAAGAGGCUGAAUUUUCUUGCCCGUGACGCGACCUUUGUCCCGAGAUUUCCCCCACUGCCAGCCGUCGCUUGGCACAGAACCUCGACUCCUCGGUGAUCCUGAUAACAACCCACCAGGCUCUGCGGGAAAAGCAGGUGUGGGGCUCAGGCUGGAUCCUCCCUUUCCCUCCUUGGCCAGUCAAUCUGCAGCCCUUAGAGAGGCUCCAGCCCCUUGGCCUGCAACCGCAUCCUGGGCUCCCUCUGCAACUUCCCAAACCUUUCGCCCUUCAACCCAGAACCGGCCCCAAGAAAGCAGCUUCCCCGGGUUUCCCGUUGGUUUGCCCUUAGUUAGUCUUGUCUCUCCCCCACUGACUACCUAACUGCUAACUGUUCGGGAUCUCGUUCCCUUUCCCCGAAACCCGUCUCAUAGCCUCGCCACCUGUAUAUGCAAAGCUACAACUUCUUCUCCAGUUGUCCCAACUUUUAAAAAAAACGGAUAAUAUUUAUUGACAAACAACGCUCAACGUUUUGUUUUAUUCGAGGGAGACCGUCGACGGGCGGAAUUUAUUGUCUGAAGGGAAAUGUAAAAAGUAAACAUUCUAGCGAUAGUUUUAACAACACUGAAACCCAUUUAAAACUGUCCUGGCUUCUCUCUUUCUUCUACUCGUUGACAAUAUACCCGAGAGAGAGAGAGAGAGAGAGAGAGAGAGAGAGAGAGCAAAAACACCUGGUUGGUUGUUUUCUGUUUUUUUGCGUAAGGCUGUAUUAACCAAUGUCACUUAACUCUCCUUUGGGAUGUCUCUGUGUCUCUGUACAUAUUUAUAUAUAUAUUGUUUCUGCAUGUCAAAACCGUCCCAAUAAA